AGGAGGAGAUGCAGCUGAGAUAUUGAAGCCAUCCCAUGUGAAUUAUCCUUAGGAUUCGCUUGAUCUUUUGGCCUGAUGAGAUGAGUGAAAGCCCUGUGCUGGAGUACGAGCUGCUGUCUCUGGCUCCGGUCUCGGGCCCCGUCCUGCUGGCUCAGGACUCAGAGCAGAACACAGCGCUGUGUUUCGUGGGGCUCCUGCUGCUGUUUCUGGUGUUCCUGCUGGUCCGUUGUUUCCGGAUUCUCCUGGACCCGUACAGUAGCAUGCCGUCCUCAUCCUGGUCUGAUCCCAAAGACGCUUUAGAGAGGGGACAGUUUGAUCACGCGCUCGUGUAGAUGUCACUCACAAAUACUGUCAAGGACAUGUUUGACCUCCAAAUAAAACAGGUAAUUGUUUCAAGUAUAUAAGAAUGGUAUUAUUUGUUAUUAAAGUAAAUAAUCUUAAAGGUGUAAAAAGUCUCUGAUGUCCCUGAUGUGUGUGUGUGUGAAGUUUUAGCUCAAAAUACCCCACAGAUAUUUUUAUAUAGCAUGUAAAAGUUGUCACUUUUUGAGUGUGAGCAAAGACACACCGUUUUUUUGUGUCUGUCCCUUUAAAUGCAAAUGAGCUGCUGCUCGCGGCACAGGGGGGCGGAGCUUCAAGAGCUGUGUGUUAGUAGUUCCGAUUACCUCACACACACACAUGCACUGAAAAUUUCAAAAACGUUUAUGUCGGACAAAGAGAGACUCGAGUAGAAGUGACAACAUCUAAAAGCAACUGAACAUUUCUGAAUGGUUAUUUGAUGAAUUUAUGUCGCUGAUGUGGAGUUAACUUCUUCUAGUUAUUGAUAAGCAUUUUCUGUCAUCAUGAUAAUCUAUAAAUCGUGUUCCCGGGGCGGGGUUUAUAUGAAUUUUAGGGUUAGUGAUGUCACUAAGCCAGGAGGAGUGAUUUCUUCUCCCUUUGCUUUGAACUUUGAGCGUCGUAACUUUGCAGAUGUUGUUUAUGCUCAAAAAGCAACUAAAGUUAGAAAAGUGAAAUCAGAUUUUAUUCAAAUCAAUAUUUUUUUUCAUUUGGGCAUUAUUAAGCACAU